AUGAGCGGCGCGGAGACCGGUCCCGAGGAGACGCCGGUGCCUUCUGCCUCGUCCGCGCCGGGAGCUCCGGAGGGCGCUGGCCCCCUGAUCCCGGUGCCCGUAGCCCCCCGCAAGCCACCCAGGAGGGGGCCCAAAGUGCAGCAGGAGCGCCCCAAGCGGGCACUCUUCUGUCUCUCCCUCAACAACCCCUUGAGGAAACUGUGCAUCAGCAUAGUCGAGUGGAAACCGUUCGAAUGGAUGAUCCUGACCACGAUUUUCGCCAACUGCAUCGCGCUGGCGGUCUACACGCCUUAUCCCAGUGGCGACUCGAACUACACAAAUUCAGUUCUAGAAAAGAUUGAGUACAUCUUCCUGGUGAUAUUCACGGGCGAGUGCGUGAUGAAAAUCAUCGCUUACGGCUUCGUAAUGCACCCUGGCUCCUACCUUCGGAACGGGUGGAACCUGCUCGACUUCACCAUAGUCGUAAUAGGAAUGGUCAGCACAGUGCUGUCAAGUAUAUUCAAGGACGCGUUCGACGUCAAGGCGCUACGGGCAUUCAGAGUUCUGCGACCACUGCGUCUCGUGUCUGGUGUGCCCAGUUUGCAGAUAGUGUUAAACUCCAUCCUCAAGGCCAUGGUGCCACUGCUUCACAUCGCGUUGCUGGUCAUCUUCGUGAUCAUCAUCUACGCCAUCAUUGGCCUCGAACUGUUCUCCGGCAAGAUGCACAAGUCCUGUUAUAGCAGAGUAACGAACGAGAUAAUGGAAUCGCCCCAUCCGUGCGACGACAACAAUGGCUUCAACUGCUCCACCAUGGGCGAGGAGAUGGAGUGCAGGGAUGGCUGGAUAGGCCCCAACUUCGGCAUCACCAAUUUCGACAACUUCGGCCUGUCCAUGCUCACCGUGUUCCAAUGCAUAACGCUCGAAGGUUGGACGGACGUUAUGUAUAAUAUACAAGACGCGAUGGGGAACAGUUGGGAGUGGAUAUACUUCAUAUCGAUGGUGAUAUUGGGUGCGUUUUUCGUCAUGAACCUGAUUCUCGGUGUGUUGUCUGGAGAGUUCUCCAAGGAAAGAGAAAAGGCGAAGAACCGGGGCGACUUCCAGAAGCUACGAGAGAAACAGCAGCUGGAAGAAGAUCUCAAGGGUUAUCUGGACUGGAUCACCCAAGCCGAGUAUCUCGAACCACUUGCCGAUCAGAACGACACAACUGACCAAAAAAGAGACUAUGGGCUCGCAGGUCAGAGCACAAAUGAAAAUGACUCCACGGACAACUUAGGAAUAGAGGUGACUGAACUGAAGAAGAAGAUGUCUAUCGGAGAAUGCUGGCAGAAGGAUUUCGAAAAAGUGAACCGACGCAUGAAACGCGCCUGCCGCCGCGCUGUCAAAUCGCAGACCUUCUACUGGCUCAUCAUCGUGCUGGUCUUCCUUAACACCGUGGUUCUGGCUAGCGAACAUUACCAACAGCCAGAGUGGUUGGAUUUAUUUCAAGAGUAUGGCAACGCAUUUUUCGUGGCUCUAUUCACCCUCGAAAUGUUGGUUAAAAUGUACAGCUUAGGUCUGCAGGGUUACUUCGUAUCGCUGUUUAAUCGGUUCGACUGCUUCGUGGUGAUUGGCUCCAUUAGCGAGAUGGUGCUGACGAAGACGGAGGUGAUGCCACCGCUGGGUAUCUCGGUGCUGCGCUGCGUCAGGCUGUUGAGGGUUUUCAAGGUCACCAAAUACUGGCGUUCGCUAUCCAACCUGGUGGCGUCGUUGCUCAACUCGAUACAGUCGAUCGCGUCCCUCCUGCUGCUGCUGUUCCUCUUCAUCAUGAUCUUCGCGCUCCUCGGGAUGCAGGUGUUCGGCGGGAAGUUCAACUACGACCCGGUCGAGGAAAAGGACCGGCACAACUUCGAUUGUUUCUGGCAAGCGCUCCUGACCGUGUUCCAGAUAUUAACGGGUGAAGACUGGAACGCUGUCAUGUAUGAGGGGAUCAAAGCGUACGGUGGAGUCGGUUCAGUAGGAAUAUUGGCAUGCAUUUAUUUCAUCAUACUCUUCAUCUGUGGUAACUACAUCUUGCUGAACGUCUUCUUGGCCAUUGCUGUAGAUAAUUUAGCCGAUGCAGAGUCUUUGACGAACAUUGAAAAAGAGGAAGGCCAAGCAGCUGAAGAAAAGGACAGCGGUAGUGUGAUAGUGGAAGGUGGUGCCGCUGAUACAGAUGAUGAAUAUAUCCACGAUGAUGACGCAUAUACAACUGAUAACUCCGAUCGCGAUUAUGAAGAAACAGGGUCAGAAGGUGAGCAACAAGAUGAAAUUGAUGUUGAAGAGGAUGAAGAAGUGGGAGAAGAAAUUGGAGAAGAAAGAUUAGAAGAAGAACAAGAAAGAGAAGAUCACGAAAUGAUGGAAAGCCAUCAAAGGAACCAUAUAGUGAACACAGAGUACGAUGGGGAGCCGCGGCUGAAACGUAAGCCGACCACGUCGUCUGCACGACCGCGACGUCUGUCAGAGGUCGAUAUACGCGACUCAAAGAAACCCAUACCGGACGCUACGUCAUUCUUCGUAUUUUCCAAGACCAACAGCUAUUGCCAUCUUUUUCUAUCUCACGAAGAUGGCGACCAGUGCGAAGAGGAGGGGACGCUAGUAACCGCUAGACCCCGGAGGGUUUCAGAACUGAAUAUGCCAAAUCAGACGCCGCCAAUACCCAACGCUAGUAGUUUCUUCGUAUUCUCACCGACAAACAGGUUCAGAGUGCUUUGCUACAAGCUUUCCGCGUCAUCGACCUUUGGGAAUAUUAUCCUCGUCUGUAUCCUGUUCUCGUCCGCCAUGUUGGCUGCUGAAGAUCCGUUGGAUGCAGCACAAAGGGGUUUCAGGAAUUGGCUGUUGAGCCAGUUCGACAUGUUCUUCACGGGGAUCUUCACGCUGGAGCUGUUCCUGAAGCUGGUCACCUACGGCCUGGUGCUGCACCCGGGCGCAUUCCUGCGCUCCGCCUUCAACGUCCUCGACAUGCUGGUCGUUUGUGUCUCGCUCAUCUCCAUGAGCUUUAAGUCUGGUAGUAUAUCUGUAGUGAAAAUUUUGCGAGUGUUCAGGGUGUUGAGGCCACUUAGGGCCAUCAACAGGGCCAAGGGCCUUAAGCACGUUGUUCAAUGCGUGAUCGUUGCCAUCAAAACGAUCGGCAACAUUUUAUUGGUAACGUCCUUACUACAGUUCAUGUUUGCCGUCAUGGGAGUACAAAUGUUCAAGUUAUUUAAGGGGAAAUUUUUUAGAUGUAAUGACAUUUCUAAAAUGACUAAGGAGGAAUGUCAGGGGACAUAUUUAGUGUUUGAGAAUAGGAACUAUGUCGUAAGAGAUAGAGAGUGGAGAAGAAAUGAUUUUCAUUUCGACAAUGUUAUGAAGGGGAUGCUUACGUUGUUUACGGUUUCGACCUUCGAAGGCUGGCCAGGGUUAUUAUACGUGUCUAUAGAUUCGAACGCAGAGGAUCGUGGCCCCAUAACAAACUUCCGUCCAAUUGUAGCAGCUUACUAUAUUAUUUAUAUUAUUAUAAUUGCCUUCUUCAUGGUAAAUAUAUUCGUCGGUUUCGUCAUAGUGACAUUCCAAAACGAGGGUGAGCAGGAGUAUAAAAACUGCGAGCUUGACAAGAAUCAAAGGAAUUGCAUAGAGUUCGCUUUAAAGGCCAAACCGAUUAGAAGGUACAUCCCCAAGCACCGCAUCCAGUACAAGGUGUGGUGGUUCGUCACCUCGCAGCCGUUCGAGUACGCGAUCUUCGUGCUUAUCAUGAUCAACACCAUCACACUCGCGAUGAAGUACCACAACCAGUCGGCGGAGUACAGCAAGGCGCUGGACUUGCUCAACAUGCUGUUCACUGCGGUCUUCGCACUCGAGUUCAUAUUUAAGCUGGCUGCUUUCAGGUUUAAGAACUACUUCGGCGACGCGUGGAACACGUUCGACUUCAUCAUCGUGCUGGGCAGCAUCAUCGACAUCGUCGUCUCCCAAGUAAACGAGCUCAAGAACCAGGGAAAUGGAAUGCCAAGGGCCCACGUCGUGAAGGAAAGCUCGAUCCCAUCGAUCAAUUUCUUCCGAUUGUUUCGAGUGAUGAGACUGGUCAAACUGCUGUCGAGAGGCGAAGGCAUCCGCACCCUAUUGUGGACUUUCAUCAAGUCCUUUCAAGCACUGCCCUACGUCGCACUGCUCAUUUUAAUGCUGUUCUUCAUCUAUGCCGUCGUUGGUAUGCAGGUGUUCGGAAAAAUAGCGAUAGAUGACGACACUCCUAUAACGCGAAACAACCACUUCCAAACGUUUCCUCAGGCUAUCCUAGUUUUAUUUCGCUCUGCUACCGGUGAGGCUUGGCAGGACAUAAUGAUGGGCGUCUCGCCCGAGCCGGAGGUGAAAUGCGACAAAAACUACGACGAAGAAGGGGAAGACAGCGGUGGCACUUGCGGCAGUGUCCUCGCCUUUCCAUACUUCAUAUCAUUCUACGUUCUCUGUUCCUUUCUGAUCAUCAAUCUUUUCGUCGCCGUCAUUAUGGAUAACUUUGACUAUUUAACCAGAGACUGGUCAAUAUUGGGACCACACCACUUAGAUGAGUUUAUAAGGUUAUGGAGCGAAUACGAUCCCGAUGCUAAGGGUCGAAUCAAACAUUUAGAUGUAGUUACUUUGUUAAGAAAAAUAAGCCCACCUCUAGGUUUCGGCAAGCUGUGCCCGCACCGGGUGGCCUGCAAGCGGCUCGUGUCCAUGAACAUGCCACUCAACUCCGACGGCACUGUCCUCUUCAACGCAACCCUGUUCGCCGUCGUGCGCACCUCGCUGAAGAUCAAAACGGAAGGCAAUAUAGACGACUGCAACACGGAACUAAGGGCGGUUAUAAAGAAAAUCUGGAAGAGAACAUCACCGAAGUUGCUGGAUCAAGUUGUGCCACCGCCAGGUGAUCCCAACGAGAUUACCGUCGGAAAGUUCUACGCCACCUUCCUAAUCCAGGACUAUUUCAGAAGGAAUCACGCGUUCAAAAAGAGGAAGGAGCAGGAGAUGAGACAGAGCGACGAGCAGAACCACCAAAUGACGCUGCAGGCUGGACUGCGCACACUCCACGAAGCCGGUCCGGAGCUGAAGCGAGCCAUCUCUGGAAACCUGGAUGACAUCAACGCUGAUACGGAUAUCCCUAUGCACAGGAGGAACCACUCACUGUUCGGAGGCGUCUGGUCAAGUAUACGACGGCACGGACCGAACAAACACUUUAAUAAACAUCGGAAACACGGCGAGACCCCCGCAGAAGGAGUUGGCAAUCACUUGAGUUCGAUGAUGCAGAAGGAGUAUGGAGUGGGACCACUGCCACUUGCACCAAAUUUGGCUAACGGUCAAACUAAAGAACAGAUACCCCUGCGUCCGCUGAUACUAAACGGGGAAUCGGAGAAAAUCUACCAGGUGCUAGACAACCAGAGAUCGAACUACCCGGAGAUGCUCGGCCAGAUCGGGCUCGCGUUCGGCUGCGUCAACUACCUGUCGGCGGCGGAGGGGGGCGCGCGCGCGUCGCGGCAGCGGGUGCGGCCCGAGCCGGCGCCGGCCGCCGCGGCCGCCGAGCCGCCGGAGGGCAUCCGGCCGAAGAUCUCGCCGCUGCUGGCGGCCGAGUGCGCGCCCGCCGCGGAGGCGCGCGCCAUGACGCUGUACGGCUACAACGCGGCGGCGCGGCUGCCGUUCGCGUUCUCGCACGCGCGCGAGCGGGCGCGCGGGCGGCGCGGCCGGCGCGCAGGUCGGAUGGUGCGCAGCGCCUCCUCGGGCGCGGCCACGCAUGCGCCGCCCGCCCGCAAUGUAGAGCGCCCGUCGCCAGGUCCGCACGGAGCCCCGCCGCCCGCCGCACGCCCUCUUUUCCUCUUCACUUAUCUCCUCCUGUCGUCCUCUCGCCCCUCCCUAUCGUGCCGUUGGCUCGAAAUUUGCGACUUCUGGCCGAGUACCGCUGGCGGUGACAAUUGCGUGCGCGGCGUGGUCUCCUUGCCGGGCAGCCCGCGGGGCAACAGCGGCCCGGUGCCGGUCGUCGGGUCAGCUGAGAGCCUCGUCACGAGGGUGUUAGCUGAGCAGGGCCUCGGCGCGUACUGUGACCCGGAAUUUGUGAGGAACACGUCAAGAGAGAUGCAAGAGGCACUGGAAAUGACCCAGGAGCAAAUGGACAGAGCCGCACAUCAGUUAAUGAUACAAGAGAGAAAUUUAAAGCAAGCGCACAACCAACAAUCACAAGUUGGCGACAUCAUAGCUCGCCAGUACCAUCCCUUCCACCAGCCCGCCACGAUGCCGCCGCCGCCCUUCAAGCGGUUA